AUGCUGACUAGAUCGAACAAGUCUUUGGAGUGGAAUGACAGUUUAUUGGAUCCUAGUUCCGAUUUAUAUCGAAAUUAUUCAGCUGAAAUUUGUAAUUUGCUUUUGGACAGCAUAUAUUCAACUAAUAUUGAGGGAAUAAUCAAUGUUAAUUGCACAGUUGUUGGCUUCUCGCGUGGAUCAGUUGUUGGAAAUGCAGUAUUAGUCAUCGACCAUAGUAGCACAAGUGGGAAUUUCUCAUCGACUGAAGUGACAAAAGACACUGUUCGAAAUGCUGUUGUGGCAUACAUAGCAGAAAUGGUUGCCAAUGGGUCGGAGCAAGUGUACUUCGAUACAUCAAGUGGCUUGACAGUAGAAAAGACAACUGAAUUAAGCAAAACGACUUUCAGUACGAAAAAUAUACUAGAACUAUCAAUGACAGUGGAGGUUUUAAUAGGAAAUCAACAAACAAAUUGGAAUUCGGAACUGUCUAACAAAUUUUCUGAACUUUACAACAGUACUGCUGAAAACACCUGUGCUUCGAUAAAAGCCAGCCCUCGAUAUAUUACAUCAAUACAAUACACCGUACGUACUUGUACUGUUCUUCGUUUUUAUCCGGGUUCUGUGAAAUCUGAUGUACAGAUAAUUGUAGAAUACGUAAAUGACCUCAAUGUGACUCAAACACAAAUUCUGCAAGCAAUUCAGUUGGGUUCGCAAUUAUAUGUAAUAGAUCUGUUAAAAAAUCAGUCAAUCGAUUCCAAUCGUAUAAUAUCACUGAAGUUAAUUAUGCAAAAAGAAACUUGUAGUACGAUCGCAUCAAAAUGUUCACCACAUGCUCAAUGCGUUGAAAGGUCUGACGGUGCCGUUUGUGUAUGUAAUCCAAUGUGGAUAGAUUUAAACAUGCAACAGCCCGGAGAACAGUGUAUAAUAAGUCCAACUGUAAUAGCGCUAAUUGUUAUUGGAACAAUCCUGAUCAUAAUAAUAUUUGCCGCAGGAAUAUACUUUGCUCUUCGUACAGGCAGAAAUGGUCAACGUUUUAUACAUUCAUUUGCUUAGCAAAUAAAUAUAAUUUAAUAAUACUCAUUAUACAUAGAUCCG